CUCAUUGAAGAACGCCAAAGAGUUCAAUUGAAUUAUACCACUUCGCCAGUUCCUAAGCGGUUUCGGUCGAAAACGUUCGCUCUUUUCUGUUCAACCGUUUAGUAUUGUAUCAAAUAAAAAAGCCACACGAAAAUUUCAUCGAUCGACCUACAUACAAAUCCCACACAAAUAUCGAUCACUGUCAGUUUAUUGAGUGACGCCGAAAAUUCGGAGUGCUAACUAGUCGAAAUGACUAAGAGUUCAUUUAUAUUUAUGUACGAUCAGCCUAAAAUUAUUAUCGCCCAAUAAAAAGUCAAAUAAAGGAGUAAUUCGCACAAAUAAUAUGUCAGAGCCUGCUGCUCAAGCAAAAAGAGAACAUGAAGAAAAUUACAUAUAUAAAGUGAUUAAAAACAAAAACAAUAUAAAAGAUCAAUAAAUGCAAAUAACAUCGGAUUAUAUAAUCAAAGUAUCCAUGUUUGUGCCAAUACGUCGUCGUAUCUCGAACCUAAGAACAAAUACAAACAUAACUGCAAAUAAGUGAGCGACUAAGAAAGUUUUUGCGCGAAAAAAGGUGAAGAACGAGAAACUACCGAGCAAGGGAAUUCCAUUUUUUUAUAAGCUGAUGCCUGAUUUCCCCCCCAUAAUCUGCCCCGAAGACUGGUAAACCUAGCUACCUUUGGUGACCUAUUGCUUUAUACCAAUCAUCUCUAUAAGAAUGCGCAAUUGUUUUACGAAAAUAACCAACGUUUUUCGUAAACAGGCGCGACAUAAGUCAUCCGAAGAAGGAAGUCUGCAGCAAGAGGACGAUGAUGUAUAUACACGCAAAAAGACAACGAAUACCGAGCCAACAGUGGCCAACAUAGAAACAGCGAAAAAAAGUACUCUAAGUGGAUGUUUAAGUUUGAAAACAAAUGAUAAGCAUUCGGGCUGGGACCGUCGUGAUGGUGUCGGUGAUAACAGCGAGGUCGCCCACACAUUGAAUCUAUCGACACAAAGUAUAAUGGAUGGAGACUACGAGAAGCAUCUCCAGUUACGUCUUUCACAGAGAAGUAGUCAAAGUACUAUGAACGAGGCGAAGAACGACUAUAACCGUCGAGAUGCGUUGCACGCUAACGAUGGGGUUUAUCAGCAGAAACAACUACGUUUGCUCGGUAGAAACGUAGACGAGGCGGAGAAGGGGCAACUGUUAUACAUGGAAGCCACACCUUCACCCGUUUCUUUUGCCAUAGAUGCGUCUCCAACGAAUGGAAGUCGUAGAUCUUUUGUGGCGGAUAACAAAACCAAUGCAAUGCCAACAAACUAUGACAAAUGCAAUUCUAAUGUUGCCAAGACACCAGAGGAAAUGGAGUACGAGGCAAAGGUUGCAGCUGAAUUCGAAGAUGUAAUGACACCACUGCCUACAACCGCAAAACACAUUCAGUUUGCAUUUGGCCGUAAUUUACGUCCGGAAAUUGCAGAAGUGAUUCGCAGCUUAGAUGCCAAUGCAUUGCGUAUCAAUAACCUCACGGUUGAAGAUAAGUUCGAAUUAUUACGACGUUUCGAUUGUGCACAGCAGGCUCGUCGCCAUGGUCGUGGAAACAAUUUUGUGCGUUCAAUGCCUCCCCCGGGACAUUCUAUACAAAUCGAUCUAGGUCUCGUGGGCCAUGAGCCAGACGACCCGGAGGACAAUCCCUCAGAUUCCAGCACUGAAGGCGUAGUUCUACGUCGCAAACACCAUCAAACCCCUAAGGAGAAAUCCACGUCAUGUUUAUACGAACGUCGCCUACCAAAAAGCCCAAAGCUUAAAUUAAUUCUAGAAAGUAAAUGGAAGGAAACUUCUAAUGGGUCCAAAACAGGUAUAGCUUUUAAAGAGGUGAACGACAAUGAUAUCGAGAGAAAUGCCUAUGAUGUUAAAUAUCCCACCGUUUUACCGCCAAACCCACAACUCAAGGCUCUGCUGGUCUUUUAUAAAUCAGACAACAUUUGCGAAGUGGUGCAGCAGGCUUGCAACCGACAACAGCUGGAAAUAUCCUUAGUAAAGACAAAAGAAACUGCUUUUGAAAAUCUCUGUAGUGCCACCGAAUGUUUUCAUGUUAUUAUCAUAGAUGCUCGUUCGCCGAAACAUUUAGAUGCCGAACACAUCGCGAGAUCAAUACGGCACAUGAGCGGGCAUCAUUUUACAACAAUAAUUGCUGUUGUCAAAAAGAGCAUGUUCGAGAGAGACGAUGUGAUAAAUGCACUAUUGGACGCUGGCGUCAACAGGUGCAUGGCAGAAAGUACAAGCCUGUCAAUGUGUGCGAUGGAACUAAAGCAAAUUUUACACUCUAUUGUAAGACCUCACAAUGUCAUCUCUACCCAACAGGCACUCUAUACAGCAUUGCAUCGACUGAAAGAAGUUCUUAUUAUAACCGAUGAUCUCUUAAGGAUACAAUACGCGAAUAGAUCAGCAGAAAGAUUGCUCAAUAUGCGAUUGGAUGAAGUCAUCAGUAAGCCAUUGGCUGAUAUUUUUAUAUCGGAUGUAUCUACUAUCAACAGUAGUGUCCAAGGAAAAGGUAUACGGGAAUUUGAUGGCAUUUUAACAGUGAAACGAAAGAAUCAGGAAGGUAUCCCAAUGCACGUUAGAGUUGUGCCCGUGGCUUGCAUCGGAAGGACUCCGACACAUUUCGUAUUCAAUUUUGAUGUACCUGGUGGGCAAAUGGAUUUCAUUGCUACAUUGCCCCAACCGAAGGAAGCGCCUCGUGGUUCACUUCACUCCAUUCGACGAGGAAGCUUUGACGUGCGUUCAAUUGCCUCCGACGGUCUGCGCAGAACUAGUUUAGCUAAGCUCACAUCUCUACCACUCGAAGCACCCAUAACUAAAAUAAUAAAUCUGCUCUCGCAAGUACAGGAGAAUUGUUCAGCAGAGGAAGCACGCCUCAUCGACAAAGUAAUGGAAUUCUUAAAGCGUGAAGGGUUGUACAGUCCCCAAAUGAAGGAAAUUCGAACAGACGAUCCCAUUGCAACAGAUCUAAUUGGUGCUCUUUUGACGGGUCCAAAUGUGUAUUCUUCUCGUCGCAGUUCUAAUGAUUCAAUAGUUCGAACAAAUUGUUCAAACCGUCAGUCGACCAUAAUGCCAGCUAAAAUGAAGGCAACACCACUCAUUAUGGAAAUACUUGAAGAAUCUCUUAACUGGGAAUUUAACAUUUUCAAAUUGGAGGAGAUUACUGAAAACCAUCCUCUCUUGUACCUGGGAAUGGAAAUAUUCCGCCGAUUUGACGUGUUCGCUACCCUUAAUGUAGAUGAGAAUGUCUGCAAAAAUUGGCUGGCCAUAAUAGAACGAAAUUAUCACGCGGAUAAUUCAUACCACAACAGCACACAUGCAGCCGAUGUUAUGCAGGCAACUGGGGUUUUUAUAUCCCAACUUGCGGCUAAAGAUUUGGUAAUGGACCGUUUAGAAGAGGCUUCGGCUCUUAUUGCAGCAGCUGCUCACGAUGUUGAUCAUCCAGGACGGUCGUCAGCCUUUCUUUGCAAUUCUAACAGUCCUCUGGCCAUAUUGUACAAUGAUCUAACGGUGCUAGAGUCCCAUCAUGCUUCAACCACGUUUAGGUUAACCUUAGGUGAUGACAAUGCAAACAUCUUCAAGAAUUUAGACACAGACACAUACAAAGUGGCUCGUACUACAAUCAUAGACAUGAUUUUGGCUACUGAAAUGACUCGGCACUUUGAACAUUUAGCUAAAUUUGUGAGCGUCUUUGGUACUGAAAUGGAGCCUAGAGAUAUUGUCCAAAGCGAAGAAGAAAGCUCGGUACUUAUGCGCCGCAUGCUUAUUAAGGUGGCAGACGUCAGUAAUCCGGCCAGACCAAUGAUUUGCUGCAUAGAGUGGUCACGACGUAUCGCUGAAGAGUACUUCACGCAAACAGACGAAGAAAAAGCUAAAAAUCUUCCAAUUGUCAUGCCCAUGUUUGAUCGGGGCACCUGCAGUAUACCUAAAAGUCAAAUUGGUUUUAUCGAAUAUAUAAUACAAGACAUGAUGCAUGCCUGGGACAGUUUCAUCGAUAUGCCUGAAUUAAUCACCUACAUGCAAAUAAACUACUCUCAGUGGAAAAAGUUUGAAGAACAGGGCAUACAUACUCUGGCUGAGGUUAAGGCUAAGCAAAUGUCUCUCAUGAACAAAAAGUCGGCUCUAAAAUAGCAUAUGGCCUUUAAAAGACUUUUUUCCGGUCUACUGAAGCCACAACCGCUACAACUACAAUGUGCAGUACCGAUUGGUGAACACGAGUUAGAAGAGUAUGUACAGAAGUAACCGAAAUUGUGUUUCGACAAUAAGGCAACGAUUCCGGAAAUUAUCAAAUGAAAUAAUCAACUAACUCUUGAGCGGACGCUUUGUGACAUAUUCAUUAACAAUCGCUACGAGCGGAACCACCGAUCGAUUCACAUUAUAAUCAAGCCAAAUAUCUCAUUAAACUGAAAUUCCACGCCAUAUUAAAUAAAUUACAAGCCUCAUUCUAACCAACUGUCUCAAAGACAUCUUCGAUGUUAUAUACGUUUGACAUAUCAGGGAAUCAGAUAAUCCAGUUAUUUUCUUCUAGAUUCUUUUUUGGGAACAAAUAAAGACAAUCGUUACAAAAGCACUUCUAUCAACAAUUGUUAAAUGUACAUUUCAAUUGAUUACCCUGCAAAAACUUCUGUUGCCAAAUAAUGAAUUUGCUAACCAAUUUUGGCAGCCAUAACUACUUACAAAUAAGCCUACUUUCUAUUAAAUAUUUUCAAGGGCACACCACUGAAAAAAAGUAUUUCUUUUAGUUUUAGUUAGUCCACUUUUUUGUUUUCCGCUACUGGCACUAACCCGAAUUAUUGUAGUUAAACACUCUGUAUCACUGUUGUGAGAAUAAAGGCUUGUUUAAAGUCUUACGGCCACAUCGUCGACGCCGAGACUCGAACUCUCAACCUUCGGUUUUAGAGUGGUGAUGGUAUUCAUUGUUUGGUAAUGAAUAAAAUAAGUUAUUUUGCUUUGUAAUCUUUAAAUGAAUUAUUUACAACUUACUGAUUAUACAUAGGUCGUUUAUCUACGUUAUCUUUACAGCUUAUACAGCUCCCAGUUACAGUUUUUUGUAAGUAGUCCACCAUAAUGAAACACAAUGUACACUUUUCCUAUUUUCUAUUUAUAUUCUAAAAACACACAAAAAUCAAGUUUCCACAAAGCAAAAUAAAAACAAUAAUAUGUAGACGUUUUACUACCAGCGAAAUGACUGACCAAAGCAGACAUAAAAACUAAAUCACAAUCAAAUACAAUUCAUAUUCACAUAUGUUUACAUACAGUUAAAUUUGUGCACUUUUCCUAUUUUCUAUUUAAAUUUCAAAAAAAAAAAAAAAAAAAAAACGCAAAAAUCAAGUGUCCACAAAGAAAAAACAAAUUAAAUGUAGUCGUUUUACAACCGGCGAAAUGACUGACCAAAGCAGACAUAAAAAUUAUAUCACAAUCAAAUACUAUUCAUAUUCACAUAUGUUUACAUACAGUUAAAUGUUUUGUCAUAGAAAGGAUUAUUUGCAAAGGUAAAUGCUGUCCAUUACCUUCAUAAGUGCCAUAAAAUUGAAAUGAUUGGAAAAUUGUUCGAAUUAGAUCAUUAGGGUCGUCUCGAAAGGGAAAUAAACAAAUAAAUCCCUUUUUCAUAUAACAUGAAAAUGUAGAGACUGUGUAGGCAUGCGGAAUUAAGCUUCGAUUGUACUGUGGAGAAAAUGGAUGACAUUUUCAAAAUGUAUGUAUACCUUAUAUUUUUAUGUACAUAUAUAUUAUAUAUUUAUGUAUGCAAAUUGUCACCACCCAAACAUUUAAGGACAAUGAAUUGUCAACAUUUGCAAAUAAGACCCAUACGCAAAAUUUACACACAUCAUCGGUGUCAUGUUAAUGUGGUUCAAAAGUUCUUUUGACAUUUUAAUAUUCAAAGUUUUCCGGCAUGCUCUCCGAAUUUUCUUUCAGUGUUUGAUAACUUUUAAAUAUAUCCACGUAUAGAUCCCAAUUUAAUAUGGUGUCCAAGUCAUAAAAGGAUGCGCUAAAUAAUAUAAAAAUGCAAUUAAGAAACUUUCUUUAAAUUAAUAAAAAAAGUUAAAACAAAUUAUAAUACAGUUCGAGGUUUAUUAAAUAAGGUACAAUCAUAUUGUUUAUAUUAUUUUUUUGUUAGCUAAAUUCUUUGGAAAUAUAUUUUUUAAAUUUUGUUCUAAUAUAUUUAAUAUUGCAAAAGGAUAAAAAAGAAUUCCCUUGCUAAAUCCUAUGAUUUCUUCCCUGUCUCUGAUCCCAUGCAAAUUUACACGUCGAAAUUUUUUAACAGUUUCCUGUGGAACGGCUUAAAAAGUGGGAAAAUGUUUUUGGAUCAUUUCAAUCCCUCAAUAUUUUGCGGACAUCUAUAUAACAUCUUGGAGCAAAUUCCUAAAUAUGCCAAGCAACGUUUUAUUUUUCAUAUAAUUAUUUUGACGCUACAUUACAAAAUUCCUUGCCUUAUACAGACUUUAACAAUCGAAAACGUCCACUUCGUACUCAGUUACCUUUCACCAUGAUUUGGAAAUAAUGAUGCCGAGAUUCGCACAAGAUCCAUCUACAAUCGCAACUUCAUUCAAAUUAUCGAGCAUACCACUUGGAAACUGUACAAAAAUUGUGGCCCUAUACUUAAAUCUCUUUGUUAGGAGUUUACCCAUUGCAUUGACGAAAUAAUUACAAAUACAUUCAUGUCUCGAAUUGCAUGGUAAAGAUAGAUAGAUACGGGUAUGAGAUACAUUUUUGCAUGAUAUCGGUAUGGUUAAAUCGAAUAGGAAUUUCUGUCAAUAGUUUUGUGAAGUGUAUUUUAAGCAAUUACAAACUGAACGUGUACCAAUUUCUAUUACAUUGAUAUUUUUGUAAAAGUAAAUUAGUAAAUUGUAUACUUCGAGUACAAACUUUUAAUAUUGCACCUGCUGCAAACAAAACAUUUUGGUCCACGCAAAAUGUCUGUGACUAGAUCUUUCUGUAAUGUAAAUUUGAUAUCUUGCCAGGACGUGGGCAUACGUUUAAAUAUCAAUAACAUCGGUUAGGCUAAAAAAAAGCAGAAUACAAUUUGUAAUCAGCUCCAAUCAAUUAACAGUCGAAUUGUGCAUGGAACCCUUAAGCAUUACAAAGGCGAUACAAUAUUGACAUCAAAUCAAAUAAGAACGAAGCUUUUGUAAAAACUCAAGGUUUUGUUAGUGACGUUUUGUUUUGAAAAUAAAUGCAAAUUUCCGAUCUACACAGCAAGACAAACAUAUUGCAAUUGGUAACAAAAAAACAUUUAAAAUGUGUGAUAGAAGAUUUAAUUGUGGUGGUGUUGCGAAUGCAUACUGAUAUAUAUCUUCACAGGCCGGUGACUCUACUGUUUUGAAUAUAUGAAUAUGAACCCAGUAUGUAAUUGUAUUUAACCUAGGUUAUGUUUACGUAUAUCAAUAUAUGGUAAUACAAAUAUGAAUGUAAACAUUGUUGUCGUUCUCUCAAAACUGAUCAAAUCUACACAGAGGAUGUUGAAGCAACUAAUGAAAAGUUUAUCCCUUAUUUUGUUAAUAUAUAGUAUGUUAUAUGUUAACUUAACAUUGUAUGUAUGUUUAUCUUGUUUAACUCCUUGCAGGUUAAGGAUUUACUAUAUUCUAAUUUUAAGGUGCUUAGACAAAUUAAUCAGAAUCUUUAAUCACAAUAAACAAAUGACAUGAAUUGUUUAAAAAUAAUAAAAU